CACUGUUGCUGACUCAUGCUAAUAGCCCCAGUUUUCGCGUGCCUACCAUUGCGAUGUGCCUCGGCUUGCACGCCUCGUUGCCAAAGCUCGUUUGUUGCCGUACUUCGAAGAGUGAGCGCGAAGACAACAUCAGCUCUGGAUGUUGGAGAAAUUGAGAUCGCGGGAUAACCAGCGUUGAGCAGCAUUCACCGAACACUAGGUCGUUGCGCACCGUGUGUCAAGAUGAUACACCUCGCAAUGGACGAUCUGCCUCCCUUUACGAACAUCGCCGUAAGCGACGUACCCACUGUCCAUGAUCGGAUCGUCAAAAAGUUCCACUCCCACCAGACACGCUCGCUCCAAUACCGACUGAAGCAACUCCGCUCGCUCUAUUGGGGUAUCAAAGAUGCCGAGCCCGCUAUUCUGGAAGCGCUGCAGCUUGACUUGGGCAAAGGCCCGUACGAGGCGUUCUUGAGCGAAGUGAACUGGGUACUGAACGACAUCAUAUUCAUGAGCAAGAACUUGGAGCGAUUCGUGAAGGAUGAGAAGCCGGACGACAUUGAGUUCACUAACAAACUGAUGAACCCGCGCAUACGCAAGGAUCCGGUCGGUGCUGUCUUAAUCAUUGGAGCGUACAACUUUCCGAUUCAGUUAAGCUUGGGGCCGUUGAUUGGGGCGAUUGCGGCAGGAUGUACGGCCGUACUGAAGCCGAGUGAGAACUCGCCCAAUUCGGCUCGGAUAAUGCAGCAUAUCGUUUCGGAGAGCCUUGAUCGUGAAGCAUACGAGGUCGUCCAGGGUGGCAUUCCAGAAUCUACCGCGUUACUGGAGCAGAAAUGGGACAAAAUCUUCUACACUGGCAACGACAAGGUUGGCACGAUUAUUGCGAGGAAGGCGGCGGAGACGCUGACGCCCGUGGUCCUGGAGCUCGGCGGUCGCAAUCCUGCAAUCAUAUCGAAGCAUGCAGACCCUCGGUUGGCCGCGCGUAGGCUAUUGUUCGCAAAGCUGCACAAUGCUGGCCAAGUAUGUGUCAGCCAGAACUAUAUCAUGGUGGAGAAGGACAUAUUGCCAGCUUUCUUGCAACAACUGGCUAUAGCGCUCAAGGAGUUUCAACCGCAGGGCGCAGAAGGCAACAAAGACUACGGCAAGAUCGUCAACGAGAGGCAGUGGGCUCGCCUCAAGGGUAUGCUGGACAGCACGCAUGGCAAGAUCGUUUCUGGUGGCCGGACGAACAAAAAUACCUUAUUUUUCGAGCCUACCGUGGUGCAAGUGGAUAGCAUAGAAGACUCGCUUAUCAAAGACGAAUCUUUCGGCCCACUGAUUCCAGUCCUGCCCGUAGCGAACAUCGACGAAGCGAUCCGCAACGCCAACGCCGUCCACGCCACGCCACUGGGACUUUACACAUUCGGCAACAAGCAGGAAACAGACAAAGUCCUUGCGCAAACCCGAUCGGGCGGCGCCAGCGUCAACGAUGCUUUCUUCCACGCAUCAAUACCUACCCUUGCUUUUGGCGGUGUUGGCGACAGUGGGCAGGGCGCAUACAGAGGCAAGGCGUCCUUCGACUGCUUCACGCACAGACGGUCUAUCACGCAUACUCCGGGCUGGGUCGAGAGUAUGCUGGAUGUAAGAUAUCCUCCUUACACUGAGGAGAAGCUGAAGAAAUUGCGGAAGAUGCAAGAAAAGAAGCCGGAUUUCGACCGAGAGGGUCGCGUCACAGGUGGGUGGGUCUGGUGGACUAUCGGACUUGGGUCGAAGAGUGCAACAGGUGCGGGUGUAAGGUGGGCAGUGUUGUCCGCAGUUUUGGCGGUGGCCGUGCGGAUCUAUCGUGGCCGGCUGGUGUAAGAUGAGACAUAGGUGGCCGCAUGAUAGUGGUCCGACAACAUGUGAGUUAUCGUAGCAUAUGAUACCACGAUCAACAUUUCAGACGUUCAGAGGAACUGAGAACCCUAUGCGGACG